UCUCCGUCCGGAAACAAACUUUCUCCUAGAUGUCACGACUCUGUGCAUCCCCGGAGCGGCUCAGAAAAAGUUUGAUAGAUGAUGCUAAGGCCCGCUUAAAAAAGCAUGAUGUUGGAACGAAAUAUUCUCACUUGUCGUCUAACAAAUAUUCUGUCCUUUUACCAUUGUUGGCCAAAGAAGGAAAACUCCAACUGUUGUUCACCCUCCGGUCGGAGAAGCUACGAAGGUCACCUGGAGAAGUUUGCUUCCCUGGAGGCAAGUCUGAACCCACAGAUAUGGAUGAUGUGGCCACGGCGCUCCGGGAAGCCCAGGAGGAAAUAGGGCUACAUCCUCAUCAAGUGGAGACUGUCUGCUGCCUGGUGCCAUAUCUGCUUGACGGGAACAUGGCGAUGUCCGCAGAGGUUUUUGGGUGUCAGAGCUUGAGGAGGGCUGCUGGCUGUUUGCCACCUGUGCUAGCCCUGCAGGUUAGUGGGCGGUGGGCCUCCAAGCCCACCCCCGGCAUCCCUUUGCCGUACGUGUAUGUACUGCUCUUUGCAACGUCCUCAGGAGACUGGUCUCCUCCUCCUCUGUACAUGGCCGAUACGUUUCCAUUCAUUCUUGUUCACUUCGCUCCCUCUGAAGCUUCGAUUCCUGUAAACAUAUCAGUGCCUUUCAGUGGUGUAUCCUUUCCUGGGAAUGUUUCUAAAAGCAUGUGGCCUCUUCCAGGGGCCCUGAAGUGUUCCUUGUCUCUGGGGACCACAGCAACAGCCAGUCUCCACGGGAUCCCAACUGAGCAAGUGGCUGAAAUUCGGUCUUUCCUUGGUCCCACAAUGUCUGCCAUGCAUCCCGCAUCCUUUUUUCCUUCGGAGACAGACACCUGUAUUUUGGGAACUGUGUGUCCAGACAUGCUUUUCAUCCGCAGAUUUCUAAAACCUCUCCGACUUCUCUAAACUUGAACCAUGCUAAACGUGCCUGACUUCCCUUCUGAAACUUUCAGUCUCAAACCAUUCUCUCCCUUUGUGGCUUUGAUUUUUUUUCCCCACCAGUUACUUCCUCAGACUCUGACAGGCGAGGCCAAGGGCCAGCACUGGCCACGCGAAGUUGCUUGUCCACACCCGUGCCUCGCAGCUUGGCCCAUAGAGUGAGGAUGAAUUUGUGCCCCUAGCUCAGCCCUCGGGAAGCCCUCAGCUGAGAGCUCUCCACGGCAGCAUGUAAGCCAUGUGCGAGGCUGGUGUGUCAUCUCUUUGAAAUGUGGUGAUGUUUGUGUCUUCAGAGCCCAUAAGCACUGUGCUCUAGAGGGUGGGCAGCAGGCUGGUGAAUCCCGGUUUCUGCCAAGUACUAGCUGGCCCUGACCUUGAGCAGGUUGCACAGGUCUCUGAUUUCCACUGUUAAAGCUCCUUCAGGGUCAUGCUGUCGUGCAGAAGCAGGGAGAGGGUGCUGGGUCCUAGACCAGCGCCCCAGAGGCUGUGGUCACUUCAUGGUGACAGCAGCCACAAACUGCAUGCUGAACCAACACUGCGAGUUCUGUCCAGAAUGUCCCUUUCAUAUUCUUAAUUAUGUUUCUGAAAACUCACACCUGCAGCUUUCCACCCUUCCCUGCUCACAGGGAGCCUGGAGGGCCUGAGAACGCACUUGGCCAGACAGUCCUUCACCAGUGGCUGUGCUGAGGGGCAUGACAGCCCAGCUCUGUGGUGUACUUUACCCCAGAUGCCCCGCAGGGUCCUCGCCUGCCUUCCUCCCAACCUCCUGCUUUGUCCUGAGAGCACUUCCUUAAGAAAUCACUUGCAUCCGAGUGUUCCCCAUCUCCCAGAGACCGUUUCUGGGAAGCCCUGUGGCCCAAGAGGCUGAGAUUCACCCAGGGCCAGGUGGUGAUUGCCAUUGGUGGAACGCCGAUUCUGCCCUGGGGCCACUUAGGACCCCAGAUUUCCCACCCAAAGGAUGGCUGAAGACUAUGCUCCCGUCUUCCACCCCUGGUCUGGACAUUGACUUUCACCAUUAAUUCAGUCAAUGGUCUGAGUGAUCACUGUUCUUAAACAUGCUUCAGCUGUCACUCCCUUAAGAAUUUUCCACAGACCUGUUUAUCCUGCUCUCCUGUCCCAGCCUCAAGGUACAGGCCUGGCUUUUCCCAGCCCCUUUCUCUCUGUAUGCCCCCCCCUCAGAAUUCCAGAUUCUUCUGCCUGUCCACGUCAAGCUUAUGCAGAUUUUAUCUUAUUAUUAUGCAGCUCCUACACUAAACCCCAGGCCUCCCCCUGGAGAUUCCCAGCAGGUCUUUCACUUAAUAACACCCUGCAUUCAUUUGCAAGCAAUUGUGGUUAUAAAUAGAAAUCUCCGCCCCCCCCCUUAUAAACAUCUGUUAUGUAAAAUAGUUCA